AUGUCCGACCUUUCCGCCAAUUGGAGGGACCAGAGUAUGUCCGCGUCUUCUUCCCCAAGCGAGCGCUCCAAGCUUCACGAAGAAUGCUUACGUUCGCUGUCGUACAAGACCAUGACGACAACAAGAUCUGGCAAUGUCGACAAGAAGGCCGCUGCCGCCAGCAGUAGUACAUGCACAUGGAUUUUCCAAAAUGACACGUACAAGGACUGGGCUUCUGGCCAUCGAAGCCUGCUUUGGAUCAAGGGGAAGCCGGGGUCCGGCAAGUCAACGCUGCUGCAGCGCGUCACCGAACACGUGGGCGAGCGACGGGGACUCGUCGAGGGGGCCUUGAUUCUGUCCUUUUACUUUCAUGGACGCUGUGGUGAGGGCAUCCAUAGGACAUCACUGGGCUUCUUUCGGUCGCUUCUCUAUCAGCUGCAGGAGGGGCCGGAUGCCCCCCAAGGUCUUCUAGCCAGCUACGAGGAAAAGAAGAGGAAAUUUGGGGAGCAUGGCGAGCAAUGGGAGUGGGAGCUAGGGGAACUGCGACCGGCAUUUGUGAAGGCGCUUCAGAAGGUCCUGCAAACGCACCCUGUCUACUUGUUUAUUGAUGCACUCGAUGAAGCUGGCCCAGACGAAGCUGGAUGGCUCGCUGAGGAGCUCGAGGUCAUCCUGCAGGAGCCUACUACGCCGGCUGGAAUGCAGUCGAAAGAGUUGCGGGUCGUCAGCACUUGUCGUCAAUGCCUUAGUAUCACGCUGGAAAGCACCUACUCAAUAACCCUGGAGGACCACAACACUGAGGCCAUAUCAUCUUUCGUGCAACACAACCUAUCCUCGAUUCUUGAUCCGAGUACAACAAUGAACGUCACGCAUCUAAUUGUUGAACGAGCAAAUGGCGUCUUUCUGUGGGCAAGGCUAGCUGUAGACAGGAUCCGAAAGUCCGUACUCGAAGGUACUGCGCAUUCCGAAAUCGAACAAGAGGUCUCCAACAUCCCAGAAACCCUCGAUCAAGUCUACAUGGAGCUUCUCAAUACCAUGGACUUGGAAAGCCGCAAGCUCAUCCGGUGGGUAAGCUUUGCCAUGGAACCCCUGUCCAUAGACGAAAUCCGAGCGGCAAUGGAAUUCACAACCGACUACCAGCGACUGUCAAAGCCGAGUGGUGGUGACGGUGGUGCAAUGGCACUAGACUGCGAAGAGCCCGGUGACCGAAUGAAAACACGAAUCCAAGCAUUGAGCCAUGGACUCAUAGAGGUUGCUGAUGAACACGCCGGGUCGGUCCAAUUCAUUCAUCAGUCGGUCCAGGAUUUCUUCGUCGGCAAGAAUGGCCUCCCGGAACUAAUGGACAUAGACCCAGAUGGUGAAACCAAUCAGGACUUGUUGGAAGGCAAAGCACACUACAUGCUAUGUAAAUCCUGCAUAGGAUACCUGAAUGCUUGGAAAGCCUUGAUAGAUGAAUCUGGCAAAUACAUCAACGACAUCGAGGCCAGCGCUGAGGUGGUUACUUUUCCACUGCUGCGCUAUGCCACUCUGUACUGGGUGCCGCACGUCAGAAAGAGCGAGCAGCAGGGAUACCGGCAAGACGAUCUCCUUGGUAACUUGUCAGACCAGCUUGUGCGAUACUGGGCCAUCCUCGCCUUUCGGAGCUCAUGGUACUGGCAUUGGCGCGACGUGCCCAUUGGCGGUUCGUGCCUCUUACAUGUUGCGGCCCAGUUCAACCUGACAGGCCCGCUGCAAGAUACACUCAGCAAAAAGGGGCAUGAAGUCGCCAAAAGCAGACGACUCCGGUCAUGGGAACAGAUUUUUAGAACAGGAGGCGGCGACGCUGACAUCGACGGCGCUGCUUGGGAGGACAGGAUGACGCCGCUCCUCCUGGCAGCUUCGCAUGGGCACGAGAACGCCGUCCGUCUACUGCUUACACACGGCGCCAAGGUCAACCUGGAAAAUGGAGAUGGCAAGACACCGCUGCUGGCAGCUGUCGAAUAUGGGCAUUUGGGUGUAGCGCGGCUACUACUUGAGAUAGGGGGAGCUAACCCUAAUCUUGCCAACUUUCGAUUUGGCAGGACCCCACUCGCCUUGGCCGCUGAGAGGGGGGAUCUGGAAUUGACCAAGCUCCUGGUCUCCAGGGGAGCCAAGAUCAAUCUACAGACCUUCAGGAGCACCACGCCGCUCUUGGAAGCCGCCGCGCGAGGCCACGUCGAAGUCGUGCGGUUUUUACUCGACAAAGGCGCCGACGCUGACCCUGCGGGGCACAUGGAGGCUGUCCGAAACUUAUUGUUGAACCCGAAAAGGAGCACCAAGCUUGCGCGGCUUCUGCUGCAAGACUGCUAUCAUGGCAGGGGGUCGACACCGCUCGGGAAAGCUGCCGAGGGGUUGCAUCUGGAAGUCGUCCGGCUCCUCCUGGAGAAGGGCGCCAAGUUGGAUCGCGUCGACCCAUGCUUCAUCCCCCCGCUGCUCUCUUUGGCUGCCUCAAGAAGGGAUGAGGCGCUUCUCAGAAUGCUGCCCCGCGAACGUGAGUAG